GAAGGUUGCGAGGAGAGGAGCGGCCACACCGAGUGUGUGGGCGGAAGAAGGAGAUUCGGGAGGGGGGGACUCGCACAGAGAGACGCAACAUCCAACCACUAACCAACCAAACGCAGUGAUAGCCCUCAAAAGACGGACAGGUUUCUUUCCAACUAGAAGCGCUUUAACUCUUCUCUCCAAUAACAAACGUCAUCAGUGGAAAUUAAGUUUUAAAAAAAUAAAACAAAAAAAAAAAAAUCCUCCACAUCUCAAAUUCAAAAGUUUGUUUGUCGCGUCAAUGUAGUUCGUCAGUGCUGAAUAAAACAAAAAUCACGCGCACGGAAAAAAAAAAAUCAAAUGGAAAUGUGGUCGUCCGCCUCGCCAUCUUCAUCCGGAUUGGAAAGCAGAGAUGGCGAGACGUGGCCGUGUUUGUGGUUCAACGCGAGUCACGCACUGGGUAAUUGCAAUAACAUGGCGGUUGGCUCGUCGGACGUGAGUGAAAUGGCAGACGAUCAAGCGGAUUCUUCAAUUCAGAACAUAACAGAGAUCUAUCAAACAUGGACGCCCGUUUUGAUCUUCUUCUGCGCUCUGACCUUCUUCGUCAACGUGUUCAUCGUCAUCGCGGCCAGAUGGAUGCGUCGACCGCUAACGCCCACCAUGUACUUCAGUUUAAGUCUGGCCGCUGCCGACGCUGUGGCGUCAUUGACAGUCGGACUGGGUCUCGUUUUCAACAGUUUACUGCCUAAGGUCUACAAUGUGGACAUACCAGACUGGGGACCUUGCAGCAUGCUGGCCAUGGAAGCCAUUCGAUUGGCUGCCGUCAUUGUCACCGUUUUCCACUUAUUGGCUCUAGCUGUCAACCACUACAUUGGCAUCGCUCGACCACUCCACUACGCCGCCAUCAUGACGAAACGUGCGGCUAGCGUGUGCAUGGCCAUCCUGUGGAUCGUCCCAAACGCCGCAUUGUUCGCCUACUUUUCAUCCAUUGAAAACCAAGGAUUUCAGUCCCAAAGAUGCAAAACGGAUUUCAUCCGCGAGCUGCGCUUCCGCGGCCAAUACGCCAGCUUCUUUUUCGCCCCGCUCGUCUUGAUGAUCUUCAUCUACGGCCACAUUUUCGUCAUCAUCCGACGACAUCAGGCCAACCGCAGGGCCUUGAUUCAGCACGGAUCCAUGGCCCGACACACGACGCCCGUCUCCUCGACGAGGGCGCACAGCGCGGUCGCCUUGGAAACGACGGCCAGUUUGCGUUACCCAUCUCAUCCGUCGUCCGUUUCAUCGGGUCGACGGUUACCAGCAAGCGGCAAACCGACGUCAUUCCACCGUCAGCGCAACAACUGCUCCGUGCCCACCAAUUCGGAGAGUAUCGAUCACAGCAACAACGCCGUCAACAGAAAUGUCAAGGCCAUCAUCACGACGCUGCUGAUUGUCGGCACUUUCAUUCUGGGCUGGAUGCCGGCUGUCAUCUGGUUCAUCGUUUACUGCAAGGAUUGCAUCGUGACGUUUGAAAGCCUCGAUCCGAUUGUGACGCUGCCUAUCGGCAUCACCGUUAACAGUCUGAUCGUUCUCAAGUCGUUCCUCGAUCCUAUUAUCUACACGGCACGCAUGAAAGACUUCAAAGUGGCUUUCCACCGGAUGCGCUAUCAGGUGCUGUCCAAAUGCUUCCCGCGCUGCCGCUGGUGGGGUGGCGGAGAAGGUCCCGACGACGACGCCACUAUGGUUCAUUUUAAUCGCAGUCUCCUGCUCGGCAACAAUUCAAUGGCCCAUUCGACCAUACACAAUCACCCGUCAAUUCAAACUCGACGCUCCAUACGGUUCAACCAACCGAAAAUCAAUCGCGCAAAUAGCAACGGGUUAGUCGAUGCGUCCCACCAUCAAGCGGCCGUCAUCGUCGAUCAACGCGACGGUGAACGCGUCGAUGGAUAAAGUGGACGCGGCGCCAUUUUUAAAUCCCCGUACGUAAGACAAACACGCGACAGUCGAUAACGAAAAUAAAUAAAUAAGGGCAAAAUGGAGAAGCGCUUCAUCACGGCAGACACAAACACACUCGACACCGGAUCAAUGUAUACCGUAAUCGGCACUGGGUUGGUUAGCGUUCAAGAGACCAACUCACGCGUGUGUAAUGUGACAAUAUUUAAUCGAGCAUUGGCCCGUAAAAAUGGCGAUGCUUUCAGUGUGUUCGUUGCACGCGUUUCAAGCCAACCCCAAAAAUGUAUGCCGGUCUACUUUUUCUUUUUUUUUCACUCGGUUCCUUAAUGGAUGUCGAAGCAAAGUGUUUUGACACACUUCUACCCAAGCCCUCGCUUUCUUUGUUGCAUCAACCAAUCGGGACAUGCAGUAUCGAUGUAAUACAUGUUUUUUUUUUGUUACUUUAUAGCCGAGAGAUAUAAUCUCUGUCGUUGACAGGCCGCUGCUGCCACUAAUUAUUAGUUGACGAGAGAAAGGAAGAAAUGACUUACUUUCCGUCGACGGCGUUGAUUAAUUUGUGCUUUAGGCCGAGCUGAUUCAUGGACCAUUCCAUGCGUGCCCGUCUCUCCGGACGGCGUUCCAAAUUGAUCAGGAAGAUUUCGUCAAAUCCGUGCGUGCUUUUGGCAGGCGGCGUUACGUAUUCGGUUAGCUGCUGGUGAGCGGUCAUCGGAGGGAAAUCCACUUUGAAAAGAAAUGACAUCAAUAAAAUGAAAAAUAAACGUCAAAAAUAAAUCAAUGAUUAUAUUAAGACGGAGGAAAAAAAAGAAUUACCUGAAGCUUCUAGCAUGAUAUUGGUCAACUGGGCGUAGUCAUCUUGGAUCGUUUGACUUUCGUCGAGCGGCGCCAGAAGAUAACCGAACUUGAUUUGAUUGCAAAUGUACACUGGAACAUCUGAAUAAACAAAAAAGAGAAACGCCAGUGUUUGCCGACGAAGCGAGUGACGUCGCAUUUUUCGUUACCAGUCCAAUAGCCGGAAAUGGCAAAAGUGAUGACAUCAUCGUGAGGGCCGUUGUAGCCAUUGAUAUUCUCGGGUCUGAAAGUCAGUCGUUUGGAUUCCACUUGACGCAGAUCGACCAAGAAACACGAGUGUACGACGAUGACCCGGUGGCAACCUUUGUUUUCACGCUCGCGGAUUGGCUUGUACUCGUCAGUUCGUCGAUAAUAGUAAUCGAGACCCAUGCCGCACCAGUAAUUCGAGUACAAGCUCAGCGUGUCGAGCAUGGGCGCGACAACCGGGUAAUUCGUGUUGACCAUCGUCUUCAGUGUUUGGUUGUUUGUCAGGAAAACAUCGCAAUCUACAAACUGCAGUUGAAGGGCGUUAGUAAUCAUCUCACAACAAAGCAGAAUUUUACGUUGAUGCGGUACGUAAAAUCCCUAAUUGAAUUCGUGCACGUAAAUCAAGCAAUUUACCCAAACAAAAUCCGCCCACAGUUCUCGCCCUUUAUCCAGAGCUUCUUCCCUCAAACUGAUUAUGUGCUUGAAUCGCUCCUGAGUCCAAUUUGUCGGGAUUUUAUCGUCGGCUACGGAAGGGGAGGAAGUCAGUUCGUGAUAAAUGUGAUGAUAUGAAUUUUCUACAGAAGCAAUCCAUUUGUUCAUUAUCUGCAGGCUCUGAUCUUGGUUCUGAUCGCUCUUGAUCCUGUUAGUUGCAUGUUGACAAAAUCAUUAUUAAGUUUUGUCAUUUUGAAUCACAUUGUUCCGUGCACAUUAUUGUAUUACUAAAACACCAGGAAGAAAGAUUGCAACAAGAAUAAAUAAGCUUUUUUUUUUUA